CCAAGUACCGAAAGUAGAAUUAUACUCUUUUACAACUUUAACAACAAAUAGCUCUUCUUUAAAAGAAAAGAUAACAAAAAACUCCGAAAAUGCGUCGCAUCUAUUCCACGAACUUACUAAAGCAUAUCGGCAUCGAAGACGAUAUGAUAACGGAAGAAAAACGACUUCAAUGCCCCACUGUAGGCGCCGAACAACCGACCGAAUUUCCAGAAGUAAUCAUUCAAACUGAAUUCUUAGAGUCCAGUCACUAUCACAUCGAGACCGCACAGAAAUGGCUUGUGUUGAACGGCAAAAAUGGGCGACAACACAAAUUUCCGCUACAAACCAUCUUGCCCAAAGUGCAAAUGACGCGUACGGUGCCAGCGAAGCAUCUACCACGUGAUGUUGAAGUUGAUCGACGUCGGCGACAAAACAGUAAACUGGAUUUAUUGCAAAUGCUGGAUGAGGCCGGCAUAACCAACGGCGAUCUAAUGCCAACCGAAAUACUGUACUACAGCCUCUCCGAUAAUGUCUUCAAACACUUUCUACCAUUGAGUUUCUUUGAUGACUCGGACUAUGACACAAACUCACCGGAGGCGUGGUUGAGUUUAGGCAAAGUGGAGGAUGGCAUAUAUCCACUGCCAGCAAAAGCUUUCCUGCCAUACAAGCAAAGUCUAUUCGACUACAGGUGGCAAUAUGCCGCCGUUAGCGCUUACGAUAAGGAAACAACUAAAUGGACAGUGCUGAACUUGGAUGAUGAGAUGUUAUAUGAAAUACCAAGUAUACAAAUUAUGUUUCUUGCGGAUAGUCCAAAAAUGUUCGUGCAACGCAUUCAAAAAGCGCAAAAUGAUCGUUGCUAUGCCGAGCGGGUGAUCAAAAUGGAGUCAAUCGUGGAUUGUGUGCUGAUGCAAGAUAUUGAAGAUCAGCGCUUUAUGCGUAACGAUCGUAUCGAUAAUCUGCUACAGAAGGUGAUCGGCAGAGCCGAUGAUAAAUUUCAAUAUCAAUUGCGCAUCGAAGUCUAUCUUGUGUUCGAACAUUUAAUGGCGUGUUAUGAGUUCGAAAAAUUCGUCAAACUCAUGCCGAAAGAGUUUCCCACCUUUGAUGACAAUCUCAUCGCGAAUUCCUUGCCACGCGCCUUCAAAUCGGUGGCGAAUAUUAAUGAAGCGCGUAGCUGUAAGAGCUUUCGUGUGAAUAUCAAAAAGUUACGUUACCUUUUAUUGCGCUCGACCAUAUUCUAUAUUGGCGCCGGCAUCGAGGCUAUGUGUAAUGUCGCCGUGCAGUGUCAGUAUAUUGAGACAUUAUCGAUUUUUUUGACCGGCUUUGUGAAACCCGUAGCGCUGAAUGAUUUCCUACAGUCACAGCAGUCGAAUAGCAAUAAUGUUGCGACAUAUUUGAAGAAUUUCUGGCCACAAAAGAUAUCGUCCGGCAUAACAUUGGUGCUGCGCGCACUCGGUAAAGGUUGGCUGGACAUCAGCCUCGAUAAGUGGAGCGUCUAUCAGAUGUGCAAGAUAUCACGUUUCAUAUUACAGACGAAAUUUCGCAUGCAAGAAUCUAUGCAGGUGCUCUUGGAGAAAUCGAUCGAUACUUUUAGCGUAUAUUUGACGGAUCCAUGUUUGCAAUUCCUGAAACUACAAGCGGACUAUAAGUGGCGCAAUAAUUACAUUGAGACGGAGUUUCCAUGUGAGAAACCCAUAUUUUUUCUAAUCAUCACCAUAUCGGAGGCUAGGAAGGUGGUUUACUCAACCACACCGGAAGAUUUUGCACCGCUGCUGACAGAUAUCUUCAAGAAGGCAUUGGAGAAGACUAGCGGUGUGCGCUGCAUUGAGGCUGAGACUUUGUUAAAUCUUAAAUUUGCUCCGAAUCUAUAUAUAGAGACGGUUGAGCUCAUUGAAGAUUUAUUCAUACAAUGGAAUGAUCUACUGGGUCGUUGUUAUAUUCAAGCCGUACUACCGCUAAAUUCCUACGCACGUCUUUAUGAACGCUUCAUCGAUUUCUAUCUGCUAAAUGUCAAUGAAUACAUGCGCGAAUACGAGUCAAUAAAACGUUCCUCGUCUGAGGUGAAAUACGACAUAUUGGAGCACAAACGUCAGAAAGAGGAAUUACGUGAGAUCUUACCAGCGUUCAUUACGAUCGGUCCGUUUCUGAUUAAUGUGGAUCUAAUGAAACAGCUGAUGAUUAAGAAACACACGGAAAUUGUACGCAAACUCUUCGAAUACUAUAUACAACGCAUGUGGGAUAUAAAUGAGACCAUUUUGGAGCAAUGCUUAAGCAUAUAUCAGAAGAUUACCGAUCGUCCGCAAAGCAUUGAACAUCUGUAUGAGAUACGCGACUUUGCCGCCACAGUGCCAGAUGUCGUCGAGCAGUUGCGUGCGGAUAUUCAAAUUAUGUGGUUGGAAUAUGAAAUGCUAGACAGCUUCUUCUAUAAUCUUAGUGAUACACAAUUCGCUAUGAAAUGGGAGGUUUACGCUUGGCCUCACACAAUUAUGCAGCGUUUGGGUACUUUGCGUGAGGAGCAAAAGAAUGAUAUCGAAGAGUUUCGACGCGUACAUUCCAGUGAGUGCAUUAGUUUUGAGGAACGUCUGGAGUCGUUGAACGAAGAAAUACAAGCCUUUUCCUUAAUAUUCGAACCGAAUAAGGUGACCGAGACAGCGGUGGAGGUCAAAAAAACCUGGAAGCAAAUACAAGAAUUGGAGAAACUCGGCAAAACACUACAGUAUCGUCAGAAACUUUUCGACCUAGAAGAUCUCUCAUUAGAAUUUCUUGAAAGUAUUAUAAGCGGUUUUACACCAUACCGUCAAUUGUGGCUAACUUGUUUGGACUUUCUGAAACUCGAAGAAGCGACCGUUGGCAAUCCAUUAGUCAAUAUUGAUUUGGAAGAUGUUUGGAAUUCCAUUCAAGAUAUACGAAAAUCCUUAAAUGAAACGUAUAAUAUUUUCACCGAGAAGCCCGAAAUACAGGAUGUAGCAAAAUUCUACUUGGCCAAAUGUGAUGAUUUUGUGCCAGUCUGGCAAUGCAUCGAUUGGUUGAAGAAUGAGCAUUGGCUAUAUAUGCAUUGGCAAGAGCUCUCAACACGCAGUGGCAUGGAAAUUAAAUAUUCGGCUGCCAUGAAUUUUUCCUACCUUGUACGUAAGGGUAUAAUGGAGAACUUAAGUUUGGUGCAUGAGAUUUCAUCCAAAGCUGAGUACGAGGCAAACGAGUAUAGGAGGCAGCUGGAAGAAGAGGAGCGUCGUAAAGAGCAAGAAUUACAAGAGCUAAUUAUGCGUAAAGCUCUGCGAAAAUGUCGUAGGGAUAUACUGUUAGAUGAACCUCAAGGCGAGGUGGAAAAGAAAGAAGGAGAGAAAGCUGAGACAUUGCAAAACUACGCUUCCUACAGGAGUGAAGAGGUGGACCAUGAACUACCCGAACGGUCGACAAUCAUCCUGAUAAUUGAUAACACAGCUUCUUUUAGCAUGAAUGAGAACAUAAGCUGCAGCGAUAUAGACAUGUCAGCAGAGGAGGUGUCGCCGGUAGUUAAAAACACAAUAAUUUUUAAAGAAAAUACACACGACUUAUCGGCCAAGUUCACCGAUAUAUCAUUAGAUGAAAGUUGCAUUGAUACCGUUGUAAUCGAAGAGAAUAUAAUUGAAAGUGAUACAUUAAAUAAUACAGCACAAAAUAACGAGUCAGAAUUGACUGAAAAUAAAAAUGCGCCUGAGGUUAAUGAACUGUUUCAGACCGCAUUGUUGGAAUUAGGCCGGCGUUUAUGGAGUUCUUCACCAGAAAAACAACACUACACUAAAGGUUGUCUGUGGUCGCCAGAUGGUACAUGUAUACUAACACCGGUGCAUUUAGAUGGCAUGCAUGUUAUUGAACUGCCAAGGGAUCUUUAUACCGCCUUUUCCACUAAAACCGUGUCAGCGAACCGUGAGUUAAGUAAACUAGAAACUGCCGUGCAUGUAAAAGAAGGUGGUACGGUUUACGAUUAUGCGUGGUAUCCGUUCAUGAAUAGUAACGCACCGGAAACUUGCUGUUGGUUGGCGUCAAGACAACAUGAGCCUAUACAUAUGUGGGAUGCAUUUAACGCUGAGCUACGUUGUACUUAUCGCGGUUACGAUAAUGUAGAUGAAGUGGAAUCGGCAAUUGCUGUAACAUUUUCUAACGAUGGCGAGAAAGUAUAUGGCGGCUAUAAGAAAUCCAUAAAAAUAUUUGAUACAAAUGUACCGGGUCGUGAUUCGAGCUCGAUUUCAGUAAAACAAGCCAUUUCGUGUUUUGCGCUCACCAGAGAUAACGAUAGGACAGUGACGACUGGCUCUUGGAAUGGAUAUAUAAAUCACUUUGACUUGCGUGCACCCAAAUUGGGUCCACUAUUUACGCUUGGCGGACAUACUGGUGGCAUAACAUGGUUACGUUAUGCGGUAUUAGCAAACAGUGAUAAUUGGUCACUAUUCAGUGGCGCACGUAAGGAUAAUAAAAUCUUAGAAUGGGAUAUGCGCAACUAUUCCAGUCCAGUAAGAGAGUUUACACGAAAUGUUGCAACAAAUCAACGCAUCUAUUUCGACGUGUGUCCAUACGAUGAGCGUUGGCUAGUGAGCGGCGACACAUCUGGAUUUUUAUGUAUUUGGGAUUUGGAGAACAAUGUGGAGGAAAAACUACCGUUACAUGGAGAUUGUUGUAAUGGUGCUAAUUUUCAUCCAUCCUUACCCAUAUUGGCGACUACUUCAGGGCAGCAUCACUUUGUGGAUAUGACAGAAGAUGAAAUUGCAACAAAAUGUAUAAAUACAGAUUUAAAUGAAGAAGAUAUAACUAUAGAUUAUGAAAAUGCGCUGAUGCUGUGGUGGAUUGGUAAGAAUAAUGAAGGUGAUAAUGCUUCUGAUUUAGCAUAAUUUAAUUAUUAUCUAUAUAGAGAUGCAUGAAUUCAAAUUGUUUUUUAAUAAUGCAUCCAGUUCUAUUUUAUAAACAUUUUGAUAGAAAGAUUGUAUAGAUAUAAUUUUGUUACAGCGCAUAGUUUUAAGUAUAUAAUUUAUAAUACUUAUAAUUAAUACAAUGAAAAUGCAUCAGAAUGUAAAUACAUAGUGGAAACCCGAUUACUUGUAUUGUAAACAAAUGCAAUUUUGGUAAUAAAAAUGCUGAAUACUUUA